AUGGGGAUUCAAACAUGCAGUGUUUUAAUAAUCGUAGCUAUAUUGACGAUGAUGUUUUCAGCACACAUUGCUCAAUCAAACAGUAUAACAAUGUGUGUGAAACAUUGUGCACAAAACGAGUGCUUGAAAGCGGCGAAAAAACCUACUCCUGAAAUUUGUGAUGAAGCUUGCAAGAAAAUCUGCAACAAUCAAUUAUUCGGUGAUGAAAAGUGGUUUGUUCCUGCUCCAAAGGGAAGCUCCCGAAUCUGUAGAUGGGCGCCUAAGUAUUGCCAAUUCUGA